UUCAUUAACUUUUCAUUACUAGAAAAAUACUCUUCGUAGAAAUUGUCACUGUCACCAACAUGUCACCUUUCUUGGACCGAACUGCCGUCCAAAUCCAUCAAUAAACAAAACUGACGUGUACCUUCAAAACAAUAUUAAAGUAAAAUCAUUGAAGUUCAUGAUCUUGUGAAAAUGGCAGAGACUCAAAGACUGCCCGACGACCGCGUACCAGGGGACGCCAAUCCGAUGGGGAAUGGAGAUGCGCCACAGCGCCCACAGCCACCGCUCUCGGAGGGUGCAACUCCUCCACCGCUUUCUGAGCGGGAGGCUUACUUCGUAGCCCUGCGAGUGUGGAUUCAGCAAGCUCGAAUGUAUCAGAACCUUUCAUCGUGCUUUCCCUACUACAUGAUGGGUUUUCGAGGCCUUAAUCCUGCUCAGACGAACGUGCCACUUCUUAAUAAUAAUUAUCAAUUUCAAGGGCAACAGUUUCCUUUUCAAAUGCCUAAUCUGCCGCGGAAUGCUCCACCCAACCAGCCACAGCAGGAGACGCUUACGCCAGCAGAAGUGAUCGCCCGUCAUGGAGGCUACGAGUAUGUGAUCCCGCCGCUUUACAAGAGGCUUGCGGCCGAGUUCAUUGACUUCAUGCUGCUGUUCAUACUCAAACUCAUCGUCACCUUCAUAGCUGUAGAUAUGUUCGAAUUGAUAGAUUUGGAUAAAUUCGACAUCAUAAAAUUCACGGAACACUAUGACGACUAUAAGUAUGCGAUGGAACUUACGUCAGAAAUACUUUUCCUAGAAGUCAUAUACAGGGUGCUUGUCUGCAUAUUUGAGGCAUUCUGUCUCUGCGGCAGCGUCGGCCGCACCGGCGGGGCCACGCCCGGCAAGGCCCUCCUCGGCCUCCGCGUCGUGUCGGCCUCCGCCGUCAUCCCCGUCGAGGGCCGCCCGAGGGAGACCGUCCUCCUCUACCCGGGCCGGCCUCUCUCCUUCCUUCUCGCACUCGUGAGAUCUCUGAUGAAGAACUUUUUGAUCUCUCUCCUUUUCCCGCUCUGUGUAGUUUUGUUUGUGUUUAGACAUAAUCGUACGGGUUACGAUUUGUUGUGUGGAGUGAUUGUGGUUGAGGAGAACAUGUAUCCUAGGAGGCGACAUGCGCCGUAAAGGAUUAUUUUAUUGGCAGUGAGUAUUAAAACGAUUAAGAGCCAUCACACACGUCACAUCCCCAAGAAUAAAAUCAGGUGACUUUGUAUAACUAAAGUGGCCCAUUUAUAUUACUCUUGAGUGUAAUUAAAGGAAUAAGAAAAGUUAAAAGCAACAGUGCAACAAUAUGGCUGCCGGUAUAUGUAAACGCGUUACAUCUAGCUUAGCUAAUGCUUUGUUUGAAGAGCUUGUCGGAAAAAUAUUAUAAUAUUUUUUCAACACUUUUCAAAAGUUACAAUAUGAAAAAUCUUCUCUUUUACCAAAGAAGAAAAAUCAGUAAUUUAAACUAUAUUGUCAAAAGAAUCCCAUGUGUUCAUUUUGAAAGAUAGCUGCCUGAUCAGCUUUGAAAAAGCUAACAAAGUUCGGAUAUAUUCUUGCGAAAGACAUUUGCGAAUAAAACAAACCUACAAGAAGAUAUAUACUAAUAUUUCUACGCUGGAUAACAUAAAAACGGAAACUUUUUCGAGACCUAACAUUCGCGCGCAAAUAAAACACUAGUGCAUUGCUAUUCGCUUCUGGUCGGCGAUAGGACAACUGCGUUAAUCGCAAUAAAAGAGCUGUGCGCGCCAAAUAGGCAGAGCAAAAAAGGUCCAGGUCAAAAACCAGCUCGUAAGGGCUCUCUUAAUUGGUUAAAAACUGAUGAGAAAGUUGCAUUUCAUCCAAAAUAUCCAAAUGUGUGUCAAAACUGUCAAAGUUCAUUUGUUGUUUUACAUUUAGUACAUAUUUUCUUCGCGUUGGCGUGGUGAAAAAUUGUGUUUCACUCGGCGGCAAGAUUUGUUUAAUCCAACUUUGCAACUCUCCAGAUUCUCUAUUCGAACCACUCGCUACGCUCGUGAUUCAAUUUUGGAAUCUUUCGCUUGCUCGAGUAUCAAUAUUAGCAUGAGCGGUUAAACAACGGCUUAGCCCCCUUUUAAAACAUAACUAUUGCUUGUGAUUUGGUACUCGAUCCUUAGCUAGGUGAUUUUAAAUUAACUAAAGAGCUAUAUUUUUGUUUAAGAACGGUUUUACCGUCUGAUUAAAUUGUGUAUUUUUAUAAUUUACUACCAGCGAUAUAUGUUUUAUUAUCAUAAGUUAUUGCUUUAUUUAGGGUGUAUAUAGCCGGUCAUACAACUUUGUGAGGUGCGAAAUUCGAAUUUUCUAUGGAACGAUAACCCUUCAUGCUUUUUUUCAAUUUGAUGCUCUUUUCUACUGACGCCUAACGUGCAUACUAUGCAUAAGCGCUGCAGUAGUGUUGCUACCAAAGUUGCUGCAAAAUUACCCCGCAUCUGAUGUUAUCCAAUGUACCUUACUUGUUUGGGCAGUGGGCACAGAAUAAAAAAUAAUAGUACCUACUACCGUUAAAAUUUUGACGUAAAAUUUUUUUUCGCGAUUUCGGGAUUGGUCUCGUAGUAAAAGUUGCUCAGUAUGACCUAUAUGAAUAUACCCCGUAAAUUUUUGCAAGGUACUAAAUAAACACCCUGUAUUGUUAUUUUUUUUAGCAAAUAAGGGCGUUUUAUUUAUGCUGAACUUAAAAAAACGCCUUAUGGUCUAUAUGUAGAAAAAAAUGGUGUUUUCAAUAAUUGGACCUUCGACUUCGAUAAAGGACUCCAAAAAAACUCCCUAGCUCCAUCUUUUGGAUUGUUUCCACAAAAGCGGUGGACGGUUGAGUGGCAAUCCUUCCUCAUUCUCCUUUUUUUCUUCUGUUCUGCAUGCGUGUAGGUAUAUGUGAUGGUUGCGCUUUUAUGUCCUGCUAUAAUGACCACGGACUUAAAUUGUUGACUUUACUUUACAUUGGACAUUUCAUGCCGUUAGUAUUGAGAACCAAAUUAGCAUUUUAAAUGUUGCAUCACCAUCAUCAUCAUCAUCUCAGCCAUAAGACGUCCACUGCUGAACUAGGCCUCCCCCUUGGUCCUCCACAUGUACCGGUUGGAAGCGACCCACAUCCAGUGUCUUCCGGCGACCUUCAUAAGGUCGUCUGUCCAUCGUAUGGGUAGUCAUCCUACGCUGCGCUUGCUAGUCCGUGGUCUCCACUCGAGCACUUUUCGACCCCAUCGGCCAUCUUCUCUACGUGCAAUGUGGCCUGCCAUUGCCACUUCAGCUUGCUAAUCCGGUGGGCUAUGUCGGUGACUUUAGUUCGUCUACGAUCUCCUCAUUUCUGAUUCGAUCGCGUAGAGAAACUCCGAGCAUAGCCCUCUCCAUUGCUCGUUGAGCGACUUUGAGUUUUGAGAUGAGGCCGGUAGUGAAAGACCACGUUUCGGAGGCCUAAGUCAUCACAUGCCGUCGUCAAAUGUUGCAUAAUGUUGUUCAACUGGCCGGCUUCAUAAGCGGCGAUUUAUUUACCGUGCGCGCCUGGCCAGAGACCCAUAAGCUGAGUCAUACGUUUUAGCUAAAAACGGUUUGUACCUCAGAGCAUGGAAUACAUUAUAUUCAUAUAUCUAUGGUUGGUACGGUGGCCCGGUAUUGUGUACGCUCGAUGGGUCUUGGCCAUGAAUGGGUCCCUAGAUGGAUCAACAAUUAAAGUCUGACCGUACGACACGAUAACGAUAAUAGCGCAACCAUAAUAUCCCUACUGAUUUGAUUAGUUGUAUGAUUUGUUCAAUUUAUGGUUCAAAAUAAAAGUAGUUAGGCUAGGUUAAAAAAUAUUUUGAUAGCGAUGUUUUGGAACUCAGUGCGUAAAAGUAUAUUUGAAAUAAUAAAUAUGUUACCGAAUUAGGUUAAGAUGUGGCAAAUCUACAGUUUUACUGAAUGCUGUUAAAUUUAUUUUUCCAAAAAUGUGUUUUGUCUGAAACAGGGAUUAUGCAUUUUUUAUCAAUGAUUUUAUUAUAACUCAAGGUACGGUCACGUCUGAAAACAUCGAUACGGAAAAAGUGCCAAAAAUAUGUAUAGACUACGCCAAUAUAUGGGCCAUAAAGUCGUGUAUACAUAUUUUUGGCACUUCGAUCGUGUCGAUGUUUUCAGACGUGACUGUAUUUUAUACGCAUUCCAAACUUGAAGCGCUUACCUGGUGACAAAUUGUACAAGUUGCCUUUAGUCGCCUUGGGCAUGCGAGAAAUGUGCACGUGCUAACGAGCUCGCUCCCGCUCACCGAAAGAGAAAGAGACAAGCGCAUGUUUAACAACGAGUAAGACAAAGAUGAAUGGAAUGCGAAAAUUAAUAAAAAAUAACAGAUUUCUUCGUAGGUAUAGAAAUAUAUAUAGCAGUAUUUUUUGUGCUCCUAACCUUGGUUAUAUAAUAUCAUUGAUUAUUUUUAUAUAAUUAAUUCUGUAAAAUUCUAAAUUGUCGAAGGCACGUUUAUGCUUGGAAUGGCGUACAGACAGAUGCUGUCUUUGUCUUUGCCAAAAUAAUUUAAGUACAAUUCAUAAAAUCGCAUUAAAAGAGUUUAUUUUGUGAUUGAUUUUAAUCGAUUAAAAAUGUUCAUAGUUUAAGACUUCCAAUAUUAACUCUGAGAUUCAAACAUAUGAAUGUUUACAACGGGUAACUGGCGUAAAAGGUUGAAUUUCGCUCGAAAUCUAUCGACCUGUGCUGUAUAAGAUCCUAGCAACCCUCGUAACUGGCUACGAGCGAAAUUUGACCUAAAUAACGCGAUUUGCCUUAGUAAACAUGUAUAUUUUAACACGUACAAUAUUAUUCGAUUAGACUAUAUUAAAAAAAUAGUAAACUAAAUUAUUAUUAAAAAAUGAUUAAAAAUAAAAACAUGCAUUAUUUAAAAAUGAUUAGCGGUAUAAGUUGAUUUCUGUUAUUAUUAGUACACAGUUUUGUACCUGUGUAACUACUUUAGCUAUUAACAGAGACAAAUGAUAGACUGUUUAAUAUCCUUUUAUUAGUGAUCGAUAGUCUUAAUUCCUUAUUUGUCUCUGUGCUCAAUAAACAAAUAUUGUAGUAGGUGCCAUGCUUGUGUUUUGCAUUAUCAAAAAUCUGAAAGUAUAUCAAUAUAGGGUCGCCAAGAAAAAAUUGUGACUUCUAAACAAGCCGAUUUCGCACGCACACACAGUUAUCGGCUUUUCGGUGUAAGUCAUUCAUAGCUCAGUUCAGCCUUCAAAUUGAGAAUAUGUGUGUGUCGCGCGUAUAUACUGUGAGUCAAUAAAAUCUGCAUUUUAUGGACUCAAAGUUUUGAAUUAGCAACCCUACCUCUGCCUACCUUUCAGUGGGGUUGGCAACUGUCAAAGGUUUGCAUAGAUGGCGCCAUCAUAGCUUGCCCCUUUCUCUAGUUUUCUUCUAUGAGAUUAGGCUAAAGGGCUGGUAUCAAGGCCAUAAAUAAAAAAACAAAGAAUUUGACACUAUUAUAGAGGUUGACAGAGCAAGUUAUGCUGGCGUUAUCUGUAUAUAUAAAUUACAAAUCAUUUGCAUUAGAUAUGGUAGUAUUUUAUUUUUGCUUUUAUAACAAAUUAAAAAUAUUUAACGUUAUUCUUCUAUAUGCCAAAGGAAUUCGGUGUUUAAAAUGUACACUGUAUGAAAAAUAUAAAUCUGUAUUUUUACGUACUGGUCUAAAGUUGUUAAAACGGCCAAAUGAAGUACUAAUAACCAUAAAAGAUAUUGUCUACUGCAGGCAGUAAAUGUAAAUAAAUUAAGUAAUAAGUUACCUAUUUCAAUGUGUUUUGUGAUACCCGUUGGCUAUAUUAGUUUAUUAAUUUUUCAAUGUUUAGUAAAAUCGUUUAAAAACA